GGCCCUGUGAACAUCAAGGGUCUUAAUAUUUCAAAGUAAAAAGAAGCUUAAAGCCUUAAACCCUUCUCCUCUCUUGCUCUCCUGAUCUCCCAUCACCACCCUGAAGUUCGAUUCCUGAACCCUAAAAAAAAGAACAAGGAUGAGAAAGCUCAAUCGACCUACUGGUCAUAGAAUGUCUAUGCUAAGAACAAUGGUUUCUCAGCUGGUGAAGCAUGAGCGCAUAGAAACUACAGUGGCCAAGGCAAAAGAAAUUCGAUGUCUUGCAGAUAACAUGGUGAAACUUGGGAAAGAGGGUACUCUUGCUGCUGCAAGGCAGGCAGCUGCCUUCGUGCGAGGAGAUGAUGUCCUUCACAAGUUAUUUACAGAAUUGAAAUAUCGCUACAGAAAUAGGGAAGGUGGAUAUACUAGAUUGCUUCGGACGCGCAUUCGAGUAGGGGAUUCUGCAGAAAUGGCAUAUAUUGAGUUUGUUGACAGAGAAAAUGAACUGAGACAGGCGAAACCUCCAACUCCUCAACCACCUCAAAGACUUCCCAUGGAUCCAUGGACAAGGUCCCGGCAUACCAGGCAGUUUGCACCCCCGAAGGAGGAUGAGAACUCCCGAGCUGACAUUUGAAGUUAGAUCUUCGUGAAGCUCACAUUUUGGAUUUGUAUUCUGAUCUCUUCAAUGUCAUCAAUUUUCUUCCGUUAUGAGGAAAUUUAGAGCUUAAUGUUUAUUUUGAUUUUUUCUCUCUUGAUUCUGACAUCUUAUUUACUGCGUCACAGACUUGAGAACAUACACAAGGAAUUAGUUUUUAUAUAUACAGGGCAAUCACUAUAAGCAGGGUGUUAUUGGGUAGCACAACUGGAGGUUUUAUCAUUAAAAUAAGCAAGUAAACAAGUUUAAUUGGCG